AUGGGGGCUAAAGUGUCCAGAACCGAUUUUGAAUGGGUUCAUACAGAGGAGCCGCACGCAACUCGCCGAAAGAUCAUCCUAGAGAAAUAUCCAGAAAUCAAGAAACUCUACGGUUUCGACCCAAUGUUCAAAUGGGUAGUGGCAGGCAUGGUGUUGGCACAAUUCGCCGUCUUACCAUUCAUACAGAAUCUGAGUUGGCCAGUGGUGUUGGUUCUAGCGUACUGUUACGGAGGCGUUAUAAAUCAUUCGCUUAUGUUAGCGAUACACGAAAUAGCUCACAACCUAGCGUUCGGUCACAAUCGGCCGUUGCACAACAGAUUGUUUGGUUUUUUCGCAAACUUACCGAUCGGUAUACCGAUAUCUAUAAGCUUCAGAAAGUACCACUUGGAACACCAUAGAUACCAAGGAGAUGAAGUAAUAGAUGUCGAUCUUCCGACUUUAGUGGAGGCGAAAUUAUUUUGUACAACAGGGGGUAAACUACUGUGGAUAAUUUUACAGCCAUUUUUCUAUACUCUACGACCGCUAGUGGUCAGGCCGAAACCCCCGACACCUUUAGAGGCGAUAAAUCUCAUAAUACAAUUGAUCUUCGAUGCCAUCGUUGUCAAGCUUUUUGGUUGGAAGGUACUGGGAUACCUUGUGAUAGGCUCUUUAUUAUCAAUGGGGAUACAUCCCGUAGCAGGACAUUUCAUAUCUGAACACUAUAUGUUCCGAAAGGGUUUCGAAACCUAUUCGUAUUACGGACCCCUAAACUGGAUAACCUUCAACGUUGGUUAUCACAACGAACACCACGACUUCCCAGCGGUUCCUGGCAGGAGGUUACCUGAGGUAAAACGUAUCGCAUCAGAAUUCUACGACGAUCUUCCGCAACAUCACAGCUGGUCUUCGGUCAUAUAUGACUUUAUUAUGGACCCAGAAAUUGGGCCCUACGCGAGAAUCAAACGCAAACACUACGGUUUAGAAAGU